GUGACGUCAGCCUUAAACAAGGCACCUUCGGUAGCACUUUGCACCCCUUCGGCACGGAAUUAGUGGGGUUGGUAGGAGGAAUAGCUGCACCCAUCUUUCCAGUUUGCACGGCCUUUAAAAGCAAGGGGUGGGGGGAAAAAUGGAAAAUAAUAACUGUAACAUCCAUGUGCUGCUGCAGGCCGCGGAGUACUUGGACAGGCGAGAAAGAGAAGCAGAGCACGGCUAUGCAUCGCUGCAGCCUUUGACUAGCAGAGGGCUGUCGGACAAGAGACACAAACCCAAAACCAGGAAGAAUCCGGACAACGUCAGAUCAGUGCACAACGAGCUGGAAAAGCACAGAAUUCGGGGGCCCCUGGUAUUGCUGCCCACCCUGUUUCUGCACGAGUGCCCGCAUGAGUGUGUUUGUGCGUGCUCCGUUUCGUGCGCUGGGACCCCCGGUGGUGACUGCCCGCUUGUGCGCUGGCAUCCCUUCCAGAAGCUGCAGGAGCAGGAUGAGCAGGCGGAGAGGCUGAAGGACCGCCUGCGCUGGGAGCAGAGGGGCCUGCGGGGCCGCCUGGAGCAGCUGCUGGGAGGCGCGGAGAGGACGCGCAGCGACAGCCUGGGCUCCGCGCUGUCCUCCGAGAGGUCCGACUCCGACAGAGAGGACGUGGAGAUUGACGUGGAGAGCACGCUGUUUGUGUGUGUGGAGUCCGAGAACCUCGGGGCGACGCAAGCCGAAGGUGACCACAGCUAUUCCACCGUGGGGCGGGCUUGGUUAUGACAGAGCGCCAUCUGCUGGUCAGAAACAAAACUGAACAAAACAAACAAGUCCGUCGGACAGGCCACAGCAGGAAUGAAAAUGCUCCAGAUUUUCAAGGCACUUUUUCUGCACUAGAAGCGCAAUGCAAAUAUAGCACAAAAAACAGCAACUGACAUGCAUUUACCUUUUGAGAUGUACAGCAUUUUUCUAAAAAAAAUCUACUUCUGGGCCAGUUUGCAUGGGCAACAUGCACUGAUCUGAAUGGAUCAUUGUUGUCUGAAGCUUUCUGAUCGUGUCAGGAUUAAAAAAAAAAGUGAAGCAAAAAAAACUUAAGAGCUGCAAAUGCGUGCUUGAACAGGAUGCAGCCAACGAGAAAAACUAUUUUGUAACGACCAUGAAAUGACAUCUGUUCUGGAUGAAGUAUUCUCACUACCUUGACAUGACAUGCACAGUUAGCUCUUCUUUUGUAAGGAUAUUUUGCGUUUUUUAUUAUUUCAGGUAGUGUGUGCGUUUGCAAUGAGUUGAGAUUACAUUAUAAAAUUGUACUAGUGUGUACUGCAGUUAAAGGCACGGUGAAAUGCAGAUCAUGAAACUCAUUUAUCAAGAAAUAGAAAAAAGGUAGAAAUUACCUUGCAAAUUUACCACAGUAACAUUUUUACUAUGAAUUUAUUGGUGCUCUGUUUUAGUUUUAAGUGCGGUGUUUUACACUACCUAUUCAGCACCAUUAGAAGUUGUAUAACCAGGAGCAAUGCAAUUCAUUUGCAGUACAGCAGUCUGUUUUUUUUUAUUCCUUAGUGGCGAGUGGUGUUGUUGGAAGCCAAACAAAGUGAUCACCCUUAAACAAACACCCUUAAACAAAGUGAUCAAAUCCAGCAUGCAAUGUUCCCAAGCACUUAGUAGAUCAGAAAUGAUAAAUGAUCUUUGCACAGCUGGAAUUCCAGUUGCUUGAGGAAGGUUCUGAGCGAGUUCCCACAGGCAAGAUAACUUUGUGCCUUUUAUAGGAUGGAAGCGGAGUCGAUUCCUUUGUAUCCAAAGGAAAAAGGAAGCUGUAGGAUAGUUUUAGAGCAGUGAAAACUGUCAGUCUUGCACUCUGGCGCUUGUGAUGGCUUUUGAGUGAGGAAACACCAAUCCAGUUUUAGUCUCCAAUGCCUUCUCAUGCCCGUGUGAGCCUAAUUUAAUUGGCUGCUUUGUUUUAAAAGACAGUAUUUUCUUAGGUAAAACUCAGAUGGUGGGAGAUGUCAUUCACUCAGAACCCUGUAUGCAUCCUUUUUUUAAACCUUUGACAAUGUGAGACCAAUAGACCGAUGUGAUUGAAGUCAGAGUCUGAAGAGCAGACAAUAGCGCCUGCUCUGUGAGAGGUAACUGGCGGGAUGUCACGUGCUUUUAUUCUGACAAGAGCGUGGCAUUUAAGGCCAUCCCUUGUUAUGUGCUUCCUGAUCUUUUUCAAUUAGAUAAAACUACCCCAUGUCUAAGUGAAAAUUGCCAAACUGCUCACUGUUCGAUUCUUCAUUAUCAGCAAUGAAAAAAGCAGGAGUUAUUAAGUAUGUGAGAAUUUAGCUUAAUCUUGUGCUCAAAGUACACUUAAAGUUAAUUUGGAACAGAAACUCCUUUUUCCAAGCCCUAAUGCAUAGUGAGAAGUUGCUGAUGAAGGUUUGAGAAACCUGUUGAAGUGUGGGAGGUCGAAAUACCAUAAGCAUGCACGUCUAGCAUUGCAUGGUCUGUUAUCUGGAAAAAGAUUACUCCUAUUAAAUCUCUUGGUCCUUGUGCAGCUCCUGUUCUGAAAAGCUUGAGUCUUCCAUUCUGCAUGAAUGAGUCCUUGCUGAGGAGAGGAGCAGGAAGGGAGCCCAUGUGUACAGCAGGGCGUGGUGUGGGACCAGUCUGAGUGAAGGAUUUGUGAAAGGUUACAGCAGGAGCACCCCUGAGACUGGAGCCAAUGUUAUAUCUGGAAGCAGUACUCUUCCGCCACUGGGAAAGAAUAGACCAGUAACAGUACGGAAUGGAAUAAUCAUGAGCACAUAUUCCGUUUUCAGGAGGAAAGGUAUUGUGCCACCCAGGUAAUAUUUACGCAGCUUUUUACAGAGCAGGCGCACAGUACUGCUGGUGCACUGAGGACUGGCCGGUCCUGAUUCUGAGCACUCCUCUGCAGAGAGCUGAGGGCCACACUUGCCCGCAUUUUUCCAAUUAUGCUGACAAGCUUCACUGGCACAGCGCUUUUUACAGCAGUUCAUUGCACUUCUUUUGCCUUGUAUUGUGUAAGCUAAUUAGAUGGAAAUAUCCUGGAGGGACAUGCUUCAUUAUUUUAAGCUCUUAAGGUUUGUUUUAGUGAAUUGCGUUUUUUGUUAACCGUUUUGAAUUGCGCGUAUUCGAAUGCAUCACUGAAGUACAUUCCAGUUUUCUUACCAGCACUUAAGACCACCUUCUUUUUCUUUUGCUACUUACCAGCAAGCACUGAUUUUAAACAUUCUUUUUAUGGUUUUUUUUUUGCAUGCAUUUGUUUUCUUGUUCUUUUUCAUGAUGUAUUCUGGCACAUUAUUAAAUGUAAUUGUGCUGUAGUAUUUGUUUUGAAGGAAGGAAAUAACUCAGAGGUUAAACUUAAAACGUAAUUUUUAAAUUAGCCCUGUUUUUAGUCCGGAUUUAAAAACAAACCAGUGCUAGAGCACACCCUGCGAGAGGCUAUGAUCUAUAUUUAUGUUAUCUCCUCUGGGGUAAUUCCUUCCAGUGAUUAUGACUUAUUUAUUUUAAGGUGAUAGAUUGAAUUAAAAUUUGUGUAUCUAAUCUAAAAUUUUGUACUUAAGAUGUUGUGAAAACAAGACCAUAGGAAUGUCACAUUCUAUAGAGCAUCUCCGCCACAACACCCCCUUUUGUACUGCCAGCAGUUUAGUAUUGAAAAGCCAUUCGCUUGUGCAUGAUAGAAAUGUUCUACAAGAAACAGUUAUUCACAGCUUUAGUCUGCCAGCCCUGUUUAUAACUGUUUAAUAAGACCCCUGCAGGUUAAAUUAAAGUUUGCUGCACAAGACAGGUAAUAGAAGCCCCUGCCAUUGCAGCCCCUGUCCCCUCAGAGACUAUAGUGUACAUUUCCCAAGCUUCAAGAGGCACAAGCAUAGUCUUCCAUACUGCUGUGGGUUUGCAAAAUACCCGUGUAGGUUCUGUGUGGGACAAUGGGGAUUAAGCAUGCCAAAUGCUGGCAGAAACAAAUUCCAACACCUUUGCCUUACCGGACUUAAUUCAGCCACCAGCUGAAACAAAGUAUUAUGCUAAUCAAGCAGAUGGAGCCGACAGGUUUCGAAAUGCAGAUACUGCUUGGUCACCACGUUUGGGCAUUAAUUCAGUUUAAUAGCCAAGUCCGUUAACGCAGCAGGCUUGAGAGCUGGUACUGCCUGAAAGAACAGGGCUGGACAGGUGUCGAUACCGCUGUCCCUACGUUGGUCUGUUGAAGGCGUUUCUCAUUCUACACUUGCUGUAUGGUACAGGUGAAACUGGCAGUGUCCGACUUCGUUUUCAGAUUCUGCUAGGGUUUAUUGACAUGGCCUUCUGCAGCACCCAUGUGGUGCUCCAUUUUCUGCUGAUUAAAGCAUCAUUGCUGACUAAACUGUUGGUAUUUUAAUGUGCAGAUGAAGCUGUAGAAAUAGCACUUCCUUUAUAUUUCCUGCUUGAAAUGCACACCUUUUGGAUGUUUUUAGGGCUAGGUGGGCCGUUACCAUGUGAAUGGAAAGAAUAAGGACCAUUUUUAUGUACUUACAUUCCCUUAUCCCAGUAAUCUGAUGUAGCAUUGUUUAAUAUUAGAAUUUGUAUAAUAAAUAUUUUUAUAUAUUUAAA